UGUUUCAGUGCUGCUGUCACACCAUCAUCCCACCACGGCCGCGAAACACAGCACAGGCCGGGCCACCGUCUGUCUCUGAGUAAGGACUAGGAAACGUCGCCAAGAUGUCUGACAUGGAAGAUGAUUUCAUGUGCGACGAUGAAGAGGAUUACGACCUGGAAUAUUCAGAGGACAGUAACUCCGAGCCAAAUGUGGACCUGGAGAACCAGUACUACAAUUCAAAAGCCCUGAAGGAGGAUGACCCCAAAGCUGCACUCAGCAGUUUCCAAAAGGUAUUGGAACUGGAGGGAGAGAAAGGAGAGUGGGGAUUCAAAGCAUUGAAACAGAUGAUUAAAAUCAACUUCAAGCUGACAAACUUUCCAGAGAUGAUGAACAGGUACAAGCAGCUUCUUACAUACAUCAGAAGUGCUGUCACCAGGAACUACUCAGAGAAGUCCAUCAACUCCAUUCUGGACUAUAUCUCUACCUCCAAACAGAUGGAUUUGCUGCAGGAAUUCUACGAGACCACUUUGGAGGCAUUGAAAGAUGCAAAAAAUGACAGGCUGUGGUUCAAAACAAACACAAAGCUGGGGAAGCUCUACUUGGAGAGAGAGGAGUAUGGAAAACUGCAGAAAAUCCUACGGCAACUUCACCAGUCAUGUCAGACGGAUGAUGGAGAAGAUGACCUGAAGAAAGGCACACAGCUGUUGGAGAUCUACGCUCUCGAGAUCCAGAUGUACACGGCACAAAAAAACAACAAGAAAUUGAAAGCUCUUUAUGAGCAGUCACUUCAUAUUAAAUCUGCCAUUCCCCACCCGCUCAUUAUGGGAGUUAUCAGAGAGUGUGGUGGAAAGAUGCACUUGAGAGAGGGUGAGUUUGAGAAAGCGCAUACAGAUUUCUUUGAGGCCUUUAAAAACUAUGACGAGUCUGGAAGCCCAAGGAGGACAACAUGCCUGAAAUACCUGGUCUUGGCCAACAUGCUGAUGAAGUCAGGAAUAAACCCCUUUGACUCACAAGAGGCCAAACCAUACAAAAAUGACCCAGAGAUCCUAGCGAUGACAAACUUAGUAAGCGCCUACCAGAACAAUGACAUCACUGAAUUUGAGAAAAUCUUGAAAACAAAUCACAGUAACAUAAUGGAUGACCCCUUCAUUAGAGAGCACAUAGAGGAGCUCCUGCGGAACAUUAGAACUCAAGUACUUAUCAAACUCAUCAAACCGUACACAAGAAUACACAUCCCUUUCAUUUCUAAGGAGCUGAACAUCGAUGUGUGUGAUGUGGAGAGUUUGCUGGUGCAGUGCAUCUUGGAUAACACAAUCCAUGGCCGUAUUGACCAAGUAAACCAGCUACUAGAACUGGACUACCAGAAGAGAGGAGGGGCCCGCUACACAGCUUUAGACAAAUGGACAAAUCAGCUGAACUCUCUGAACCAAGCCAUUGUUAGCAAGCUCACAUGAUGACAUGUAAAAAUCAUGAGGCGAGGAAAAUGGCGUGUUUGAAUACAUCCAUAAAAUAUGCUACUGUGCUUCUUCAAGUAUAACCUCCGAGACGAGCGCUGCAGCACAGGUUUUGCGAAUGCCAACAAGAAGACUCAGACCCACAAGAACAUGUUCAAAGUGUGUUGUUUUGUCCCGACGAGAGGAAAUCACUGACACUUGUUUUUGUUUUUUCAUGUUCCUGAUUGGCAGACCCAUGUACAACACACAAACACUUCAUUUCUGUACAAAAGGAAUUCAAAUGUGUGUUAAAACCGUGUACACAGUAUUUAAUGUAUACUGUUGCCUGUUGGUAAUAAACUAAAUUCUUUCAGCACUAAAAAGAUUUACCUGCCUUUGACUAGCUACAGGGUGUGGAAAUAGGGUUGAAGUGGAAUAAAAAAAUCUUUUUAACUCAGAAAA